GGGCGGCGGCUUCUUCGCUGCGACUGUUGAAGUCCCAAGAGUUGUCGGGCUGGUGCGGCGCACCGUCUCUAAUCCCCGGUCCACCUCCCGCGCCCUGCCCCGCUGCCCGGGGCCUCGGGGUCGUUUACAGGAGUUGAGAGGAACCACGCCUUAAAGUUCUUACGGGUUCGAAACUUUUCCAAACUGCAGAGCGCAACAAAGGGAAAGAGAGCCCGGGCUCCUCGCAGCUUGAGCAAAGGUCUGGCAGCAGGGCCCGACGCACGGGGGACCUCCCGCCCCUCCGCGCGCUCACCGCGUCUUUCUCUCUCCUUCUUACCCUAGUCCUGGAAGGCAUGGAGGAGCCCGGGGCCGACUGCGCCGUGGCUUUCGCCGAGGCCCAGAGAUGGGUGGAGGCAGUAACAGAGAAGAAUUUUGAAACAAAGGAUUUUCGAGCUUCUCUAGAGAAUGGUGUUCUGUUGUGUGAUUUGGUUAAUAAACUUAAACCUGGUGUCAUUAAGAAGAUCAAUAGAUUAUCCACACCAAUAGCUGGUCUGGAUAAUAUAAACGUUUUUUUGAAAGCUUGUGAACAGAUUGGAUUGAAAGAAGCCCAGCUUUUCCAUCCUGGGGAUCUACAGGAUUUAUCAAACCGAGUCACUGUCAGGCAAGAAGAGACUGAUAGGAGAGUGAAAAAUGUUUUGAUAACACUGUACUGGUUGGGGAGAAAAGCACAAAGUAACCCGUACUAUAAUGGACCCUAUCUUAAUUUGAAAGCAUUUGAGAAUCUUUUAGGACAAGCUCUGACUAAGGCUCUUGAAGACUCCAGCUGCCUGAAAAGGAGUGGCAGGGACAGUGGUUACGGUGAUAUCUGGUGUGCUGAACGUGGAGAAUUUCCUACUUCUCCAGGCAACCGUAAGCGAGAAGAUUCGUUCGAAAGCUUGGACUCUUUGGGGUCUAGGUCAUUCACAAGCUGCUCCUCUGAUAUCACGUUGAGAGGCGGACGUGAGGGUUGUGAAAGUGACACAGAUUCUGAAUUUACAUCCAAAAUGCAGGAUUAUAAUAAAGAUGAUAUGUCCUAUCGAAGGAUUUCGGCCAUUGAACCAAAAUCUGCCUUACCAUUCAACCGUUUUUUGCCCAGUAAAAGUAGACAGCCCUCCUAUGUGCCGGCACCGCUGAGGAAGAAAAAGCCAGACAAAAAUGAGGAUAACAGAAGAAGUUGGGCCAGCCCGGUCUAUCCAGAAGCAGAUGGAACAUUUCCAAGUAAUGAGAGGAGAACUUGGGGCACAAAUGUGAAGAACUGGCCAACAGUACAACAAACUUCAAACUCCUCUUGUUACUUGGAAGAGGAAGAAGAAAAGACACAUAUACCCAACACCGUAAAGGAUGAUCUUUAUGUGCGAAAGCUAAGUCCAAUCACACCAAACCCAGGGAAUGCUUUUGAUCAGUUUCUUCCCAAAUGUUGGAUCCCAGAAGAUGUGAACUGGAAAAGAAUAAAAAGAGAAACUUACAAACCAUGGUAUAAAGAAUUUCAGGGAUUCAGGAGGAAUUCAGAUUCUGAGGAUGAGGAUUUGGGCUCUGACAGAAGCUCCUCCAUUUUUAGUAGAAUCCAAAAAGCAAAGCAUAGGCUAGACAACAACUGCCAAAGACGUUCACUCUUGCUGGAAUUGGCUACCAAAGGGGCCAGGAGCUCGCAGGACACCUACGCAGCCAGGAGAAGCAGCGGUGCCGCGGACGAGCCCAGUCAGUUUUUAUUACUUCAGGCACUACAAACAUAUUCUGAUGACAUCUUGUCUUCUGAAACAAAUAUCAGAAUUGAUCCCACUGCCGGCCCAAGGCUCAUCACACGUAGAAAGAAUCUCUCUUCUGCACCAGGGUAUAAAAGAGAUGACCUUGAGAUGUCAACCCUAGAUCCUGACUUAGAGAAUGAUGAUUUCUUUGUCAGAAAGACUGGAGCUUUCCAUGCAAAUCCAUAUGUUCUCCGGGCUUUUGAAGACUUUAGAAGGUUUUCUGAGCACGAGGAUCCUGUAGAGAGAGAUAUAAUUCUGCAGUGUAGAGAAGGUGACCUUGUACUUCCAGAUCUAGAAAAAGAUGAUAUGAUUGUUCGCCGAAUUCCAGCACAGAAGAAAGAGGUGCCUCUGUCAGGGGCCCCAGAUAGAUACCAACCAGUCCCUUUCCCUGAACCCUGGACUCUUCCUCCAGAAAUUCAAGCCAAAUUUCUCUGUGUACUUGAAAGGACAUGCCCAUCCAAAGAAAAAAGAAAGAGCUGUAGAGUAUUAGUGCCUUCCCACAGGCAGAAGAAAGAUGACAUGUUGACUCGCAAGAUCCAGUCUUGGCAGCUGGGGACGACUGUGCCUCCUGUCAGUUUCAUGCCUGGUCCCUGCAGUGAGGCGGACCUCCGGAAGUGGGAGGCCAUCCGGGAGGCCAGCAGACUUAGGCACAAGAAACGGCUGUUGGUUGAGAGACUCUUUCAAAAGAUUUAUGGUGAGAAUGGGAGUAAGUCCAUGAGUGAUGUCAGCGCAGAGGAUAUUCAGAACUUGCGUCAGCUGCGUUACGAGGAAAUGCAGAAAAUAAAAUCACAGCUAAAAGAACAAGAUCAGAAAUGGCAAGAUGACCUCGCAAAAUGGAAAGAUCGUCGAAAAAGCUACACUUCAGAUCUGCAGAAGAAAAAAGAAGAGAGGGAAGAAAUUGAAAAGCAGGCACUUGAGAAGUCCGAGAGAAGCUCUAAGACAUUUAAGGAAAUGCUACAGGACAGGGAAUCCCGAGGUCAAAUGUCCACGGUUACAUCCAGGAGGAGGUUGCAUUCUUCUGAUGAUGUGUUGAAUGAAGAGAUGCUUUCCCCUACACUGACUACGUCAGAAGCAAGUUACCAGAGUGAGAGAGUAGAAGAGAAGGGAACAGUGUACUCUACAGAAAUUCCUAAACAAGAUUCCACGACUUUUGCAAAAAGAGAGGAUGCGGUCACUGCUGACCUUCAGCUUCCUUCUAAAAGCUCCAUGGAAGAACAGCUCCCAGACUCUUUGUCUUCUCAGCAUUCACUGACGACACAAACAGAGUCGACUCGAGUUUCAGCCUCUCUCCCCAGAAGUUACCAGAAAACUGAUACAGCCAGGUUAACAUCUGUGGUCACACCGAGACCUUUUGGCUCUCAGGCCAGGGGAAUCUCAUCACUCCCAAGAUCCUACACGAUGGAUGAUGCUUGGAAGUAUAAUGGAGGUGUAGAAGACGCUAGGAGAACCCACAGCAGUUUGGUCAGCACCUCUGUGCAAAAACUUGACAUAGGCCAGCUUGUUUCCAGCAAGUCCAGCGAGAGAGAGAGAGCAGCGCUGGGAGAAGGUGUGAUGGGGCUGCCGUCUCCUACAUCCUCCUUCUCAUCACUUUCCCUGGACCAGGCCGCCACGUCCAAAGCCACACUGUCUUCAACAUCUGGCCCUGAUUUAACGUCUGAGUUUGGAGAAGGGGGAGGCUCACCGCAAGCAGAGGUCUCAAGAUCACAGGAUCAGUUCAGUGAUAUGAGAAUCAGCAUAAACCAGACGCCUGGGAGCGGUCUUGACUUUGGGUUUACAGUAAAAUGGGCAUUUUCUGGGAUCUUCGUUGCAUCAGUCGAAGCAGGUAGCCCAGCAGAAUUUUCUCAGCUACAGGUAGAUGAUGAAAUUAUUGCUAUUAACAACACCAAGUUUUCAUAUAAGGACACAAAGGAGUGGGAGGCAACCAUGGCUAAUGCUAAAGAAACCGGAAACCUAGUAAUGGAUAUCAGGCGCUAUGGAAAGUCUGACUGGGGCAAAGACCAACCUUCCCUGCCAUUUACACGGCAUAAAACCCUCAAUCUCACCAGUAUGGCUACCAAAAUUAUAGGUUCACCCGAAACAAAGUGGAUUGAUACAACUUCUGGAAUUUACAACUCAGACAAAUCUUCAAGUCUGUCAAUAACAACUGAUUUCUCAGAAAGCCUCCAGCAUUCUAAUACUGAAUCCAAAGAAAUGAAUGGAAUUCGUGAUGAAAGUACUACUUUUGAAUCAAGAGGGAGUUCGGAUUCUGUGGUUCCUGAUCUUCCAGUCCCGACUCUCAGUGCCCCGAGCCGCUGGGCGUGGGAUCAAGAGGAGGCGCGGAAGCGGCAGGAGAGGUGGCAGAAGGAGCAGGACCGCCUGCUGCAGGAAAAAUAUCAACGUGAGCAGGAGAAACUCAGGGAAGAGUGGCAAAGGGCUAAGCAGGAAGCUGAGAGAGAGAAUUACAAGUACUUGAAUGAGGAACUGAUGGUCCUGAGCUCCAACAGUAUUUCUCUGCCCACACGGGAGCCUGCCAUUGCCACCUUGGAAGCCUCCUGGGGUGAGGGGUCCAAGUCGUCAGACCGGGAAGGAACCCGGGCAGGAGAGGAGGAGAGGAGACAGCAGCCGAAGGAGGGUGCGGAGGAGGACCAAAGAAAGAAGCUGCAAGAGCAACUCACUCUUGAGAAAGAGAGGAAACUGAAGGAGCAACGGUAUCAGGAAGAGCAGGAGCAGAAGCGGCGUCAGGAGGAGGCCCAGGAGCAGAAGCGCCAGGCAGAGAGAGAGAGGGAAACUUCAGUCAAAAUAUACCAGUAUAGAAGGCCUGUUGAUUCCUAUGACAUACCAAAGAGAGAGGAAAAAUCUUCAGGGUUGCUUCCUAGUGACAGGAAUAAAUCCAGAUCCACAACUGAGCUGGAUGGUUACCCUACAAAUAAAAAUGGAGGCAAUAAAUAUUUAGACCAAGUUGGGAGCACUAGCUCUGCACAGAGGAGCUCCAAGAAGGAACAAGUCCCUUCGGAAGCAGAGUUAGAGAGACAACAAAUUCUUCAAGAGAUGAGGAAGAGAACAUCUCUUCUCAACGACAACAGCUGGAUCCGACAGCGCAGCUCCAGUGUAACUAAAGAGCCCAUUUGUCUGCCUGGGAUUAUGAGAAGAGGUGAAUCUCUAGAUAACCUGGAUUCCCCAAGAUCCAAUUCUUGGAAACCAUCCCCUUGGCUCAAUCAGCCUUCAGGAGUCCAUGCUUCUUCCUCUGUUCAAGACUUCAGUCGCCCCCCGCCUCAGCUGGUGUCCACAUCAAACCGGGCCUACAUGCGGAAUCCAUCCUCCAGCGUCCCGCCUCCUUCAGCUGGUUCUAUGAGGACCACCGCUGCACCUUCUCCCACACCACGCAGCCAUUCUCCUUCAGCAUCACAGCCGGGCUCCCAGCUACGCAACAGGUCAGUCAGUGGGAAGCGCGUGUGCUCCUACUGUAAUAACAUUCUGGGCAAAGGAGCCGCCAUGAUCAUCGAGUCCCUGGGUCUUUGUUAUCAUUUGCAUUGUUUUAAGUGUGUGGCCUGUGAGUGUGACCUCGGAGGCUCCUCCUCCGGAGCUGAAGUCAGAAUCAGAAACCACCAACUCUACUGCAAUGACUGCUAUCUCAGAUUCAAAUCUGGACGGCCAACUGCCAUGUGAUGUAAGGCUCCCCACGAAAGCACUGUUGCAGAUAGAAGAAGAGGUGGUCGCUGCUGAUGUCCAUCUAUAAAUACGUGUUGUACGUCUUUUUUGCUCUUUUUUAAAAAAGAAUAACACUUUUUUUUUUUAAUUUUUGCCUCUCUAGAUUACAUCAGAGCAUUAUAGCCUUGGUAGAACCUGUAUUUUUGUUGUUGUUUAUUUAUAAGAAGGUGAUUCUGUGUGUAUGUGGGGGGAAGUGCAGUAUUUACUUUUUGAAUUCAACAUCUGAGAAGCACAAGGGAAAAUAAGAACUUCGAACUAUUUUUGACUCUGAUAAUGAUCUAGUUUGACUUUCUAGUGGUGUUUUGAAGAGGGUUAGUAUUUUAUUGUUUUUUUUUUAAAAAGGUUCUGAAACAUUAUUUGAAAUAGUUAAUAUAAAUAUAUAAUUGUGUUUGCUUUGUUUAUUGUAAUGUAUACUAAAUUAAUGCAGAACCAUAUAGAAAAUUUCACUAAAAUCUACCCACAAAUUUGCUUUCUGUGUCCUUCUUUUCAUCUAUGUAAUAUUGUGCUUUUUAAAAAAAAUUUUUAGCAUGUGUGACAUUUUAUUUGCUUCAUGAGGGGAUCUCUGUUUUCUUCACCAGGAUGAUCACUAAGCAAUGCCCCAUAGAAAGUGCUUCUUUUCAUUAAUACAGAAUCAUCAUGGUUUGUAUACCAAAAGUUUUCUCCAGGAACUAGUAUGCCUUUCUGUUCCACUGCGUUUGUAAAUAAAAUUGCUGAUGCAUUAAGGACGGGUG